AGCUACUACUUUGCUCAGGUCUCGUUUGGCACGCCAGCACAGAACCUUGCCAUUGUCCUAGAUACCGGUAGCGCUGAUCUUUGGGUCGCCGCGAGCGAGUGCACGUCAACCAACUGCAACGGCCUGGCCAAGUUCAACGAGGGCACCUCCAGCUCAUACCAAAGCUCUUCCCAGCCAUUCACGGUGACUUACGGCCAAGGUGCCGUGCAGGGCCACAUGGCCGCCGACACGAUCUCCCUUGCCGGAUAUUCCGUCGCCUCGCAGAGUUUCGGCGUGGCGACCGAUCUAGCGGACAACACGAUCGAUGCGCCCGCCUCUGGCCUCAUGGGCAUGGGCUUCCAAGAGCUCAGCGCCGCCGGCGUCACGCCGUUCUGGCAGGUGCUGGCCAAGCAGAACAAGUUGCCUACGAACGCAUUCACGUUCCAGCUUGCGCGGAAUCAGCAGGUGACGACCGCGACGCAGCAGUCGCCCGGCGGUGUCUUCACACUUGGUGAGAUCGACUCGAACCAGUACUCGGGCUCGAUCAACUACGUCGGCAUCCCCACUCAGAUUCAGCCGUUCGGCUACUGGGCCAUUCUGCUCGACUCUAUCGCGCUCAACGGCUCGCCCAUAUAUCCGAACAAGAUCGCCGCGAUCGACACGGGCACAACGCUGAUUGCUGUGCCGAUGCAAAUCGCCUCGUCGCUCUACACGUCCAUCGAGGGCGCUCAGCCGGUCUCGGAGUUGGGCCAGGGCUACUACGCGUACCCUUGCAGCUCGACCAUCAAGCUCACCUUCACCUUUGGCGGGCAGCACUACUCAGUCAACCCACUGGACUUCUCCGCAGGCGCCGUCGACAACGCUGGCAGUUACUGUCUCGGCUCCGUCUUUGGCAUCGACACGGGUAACUCCGCGCCCCCAUACAUUAUUGGCGAUGCCUUCCUCAAGAACGUCUUCUCCGUCUACCGCGCCAACCCGCCAAGCGUCGGCUUCGCCAGCCUCAAGGGCAGCUCCGCCCAGACUGCUGCGACCACCGGCGACCUCGUGAUGGCCACCGCGUCACCCUCCGCCCAAAGCGUU